AUGAAGACGAUGCGAACGAAGACGCCGCUCAAGAUGGUGCCGGUGCGGUCGGCGGUCAAAAGUCGUGGAAAUUCUGGCAACGGCGUAGUAAAAGACCCGGUGCAGGUUUACUGUCGGCUACGGCCGUUGCCUUGCGAGUCCGAUCUUACCUGUUUGCGCGUCACGGACCGGCAUACGGUCGUUUUGACGCCUCCGGAAAUUGCCAUUAACUACAAGGUGAUGAACCUGAAGGAAACGCAGUACAUCUACAAGCGUGUGUUCGACGACUCGGUCCGGCAGCACGACGUGUACGUGACCGUGGCGCAGCCGCUGCUGGAAGCGUUGGUGCGCGGCAAGAAUGGGCUACUGUUCACGUACGGUGUCACGGGGAGCGGCAAAACGUACACCAUGACCGGGGACCUCCAGCACCGCGGUAUUAUGCCGCGCUGUUUGGACGCCCUGUUUCGCUCGAUACACGAGUGUCAGGCGGAGAAGUUCACCUUUAAAUCGGAUCGCUUGAAUGGGUUCGAAGUUCUGACCGAAGCCGAAGCACUGCUCGAACGGCAGACGGAAAUGAACGCCAAACUGCUGAAAAGUUCGCGAAAGCGCGACCUGGACCAGGAGGUGGCCUCACAGGCGUCGGCGGAUCCACCGGAAAUUAGCGGCAUCGAUGAGGACAACAUCUACUCGGUAUUCAUCAACUACGUGGAAGUGUACAACAACAGUGUCUUCGAUUUGCUGGAAGAAACUUCGAUUCAAAAGACUCUGCAGUGCAAAAUGAUUCGCGAAGACGCGAGCCACAACAUGUUUGUGCACGGCGUCACGGAGGUGGAAGUUAAGUCGGCCGACGAAGCACUGGAACUGUUCCAGAUCGGUCAAAAACGUAAGCGGAUGGGCCACACCAUACUGAAUGCCGAGUCGAGUCGCUCGCAUUCCGUGUUCACCAUUCGGCUGGUGCAGGCUCCACUCGAUAUAAAGGGGGACAACGUGGUGCAGGACCGGAGCGCUAUCACCGUCAGCCAGCUGUCGCUGGUGGAUCUGGCCGGCAGUGAGCGCACGAAUCGGACCGGCAACACCGGGCAACGGUUGCGCGAAGCGGGCAACAUCAACAACAGCUUGAUGACGCUGCGCACGUGUUUGGAGAUUUUGCGCGAGAACCAACAGACGUGCGGCGCCAAGAAGGUUCCGUACCGCGAUUCGAAGAUAACGCACCUGUUCAAAAACUACUUCGACGGCGAGGGCCAGGUGCGGAUGAUCGUGUGCGUUAAUCCGCGGGCGGAAGACUACGACGAGACGGUGCAGGUGAUGAAGUUUGCUGAAAUGACGCAGGACGUGCAGAUAGCACGACCGACGCCAAUCAAGGUCGACGUUGGGCUCACACCCGGCCGCCGUAAGGCAAACCUACUGUACAAGCAAGCUAUGAGUGAGCUGACGGAGAGGCACCAUCUGGCGACCACCGAUCGUAUGGACUACGAUUUGGGGCUGGUCUACAACCUGGAACCGUUUCUGGUUGACAUGAAGUUGGGCACGCCUGAGAGCACGGAACUGGUGCGCAAGCUGUCGGAAGUGCUCGAGCUGCGCAUCAAAAAGCGGAAACUGCUCGGUGAUGACUUUGACGCACGCCAGAACCGUUUCCGGAUGAAUCUGCACAAGCUGGAGGGCGAAAAUGUGGCCCUGCGCACGGAAAAUGCUUCCAUCAAGGGUGUGCUGCAACAGGGCAAGCAGAAGAUCGGUGCGAUGGAGAACAAGAUCACGCUGUACGAAAGCUCGAUCGACGAUUUGAACCGUCGCAAUCGGCAGCUAGAGGAACGGGUACGCCAGCUGCAGGCACAGCUGAACCAGAAGACCCAGCUGGUGAGCCAGAAGGAGCUGGAAAAGGAACGUCAGCGAAAGAAGUUUAACUCGAAGAUUGCGGUCGAGUCGGAGAAGAUGAGCCGCGAGCUGGAGUUGAAGCUGCAGGAACAGAAGAAUAAACUACGGCACGAGAUGCGUGACAAAGAGGAGCGGCUUCGGCUGGUUUCGGAGAUCGUUCAGGGCGGAUCGCCGGUUGCGCGGACCAGAUCGAACAGUGUCGACAGUAGCGACCACAAGCCGGAAUCAACGCCGAACGUAAAAUCGUUGAUUUCGGCCUACGCAACGCCGAGAACUACGCGGCCCGGAACGGCGGCAUCGAAUGCGCGACACCGUCGAUCCCGAUCGACGGGUGAACGAUGGUUGGAGCACCGUUCCGCCAAUCCAGUGCCACUCGGCACGAUCCUGCAGCCGUACUACACGAACUCAAAGUCCGUCACAAAACUGAACGACAAGGAUGUGGUCAAUCAGAAGAACACCAAGUACUGUCUGAUUUCACAGGACGCCGAUACGGAGGGCGAGCUGGAAACGAAGCUGUACAAAGGCGACGUCAUUCCGACCAGUGGCGGUGGGGCACAGGUGGUGUUUAAAGAUGUGGAGUGUUUGAAGCAGUACUCGCCAACGAAAACGCCACCCAACCCAAACAGGAAGCGCUCCAGCACGUUCAUUGCGCCGAGUGCACCGCCACUAAGCGAGGUACAAACGACGAGCGCAAAGUGUAACACCGCCAUCGAGGGGCACUCCGGGGAUGUGUCUCAUAAGCGAUCGAAGCACUAG